AGCAAUGUGGGUAGUACGUUGCGUGGCCCUUUUCGUCGCCGCUGUCUCUGCGGCACUCAACGACACCAACAUGACGACGCCACCCGCACUGAUCCGCAUCGUCGAAGACGUCACCGCGCCGACGCCCGCGCCGUUCCUAGCACCGUCACCGUCGCCGCGGAGCGUGCGACCCCAAGUCACAACCUUGGCAACCGCGCCGCCUGCCCAGGUCAGCCCGACAUUGGUCUUUGUCGGCGUCGGCGUGACGACCCUGCUUCUUGUCUCUGCCAUCGUGGUGUGGCAAGGCCGUCGGCGGCGCCAAUCACGCCCGAAGCGGUCGCUUGAGAAGCCCGAGCUCGGUGGUACCAAGUCGCCCGUUGCGAUCCUCGCCGACAUUGAAGACGACUCGUACGAUCUGUACAUGGAGACGCUGCGCACACGCGGCAGCCAAGGCGGCGACUCGCUCUUCAUGACGACCCAAGAGAACAUCCAGCACGACUUGCAGGCGCUCUUGCCGUGGCGUAUCGAGGCGCUCGAGGUGCUUCCGCGCGAAAAGAAGAUUGAGCACAAAACCAGCUACGCCGCCACGUACCGCCGCGAGCUCGUCCACGUCAAGCAGUGGCGCGGCAUCAAAGGCUACGAGUCGACCGUGUUUGUGGGCCAGCUCGUCUUGCGCAUCAAGUUAUCGUGCCAGCAAAUUGUCCAUUUACGGGGCGUUGCGUGGACCGACACGACGGCCUUCCAUGCGAUUUUCGAGCACAUGGACGGCGGCACCUUGCAGCAAUACCUCGAGCGCACACCGAAUAGCGACGUGGCGUGGAGCCAAAAGCUCUUGUAUGCACUCGACGUUGCCCAAGCGCUCGACUAUUUGCACGCCAAGGACAUUACGCACCGGGACCUUCGGUCGGCCAACGUGUUCUUGAACCAAAUCGGCGACGCUAAGGUGUCCAACUUUGGCUGGCUCACGCCGACGAUCGAAAUGGGCGGUCCGCGACAAGACGCGACGCCGUGGAACGCCCCCGAAGUCGUGGCUGGCCAUCAGUACUCGGUCGCAGCCGAUAUUUAUUCGUUUGGGAUGCUGCUCUACGAGCUCGAGGUCCACGGCGCCCUUCCGCCGUCGGCGUACGCAGUGCAAGCCCACUUUGCACCGACGAGUCCGCUCGCCAACGUCGGGCCGCUCUGCCUCGCGCUAAGCCCGGCAACGCGCCCAACGAUCGAGUUUAUUUUAAAGGAGCUUCGCGCCCAGCUGCAGCGCUAUUAGACUACUAUUCUACUAUUAUUUCAGAC